CCACAACCGUGCAUCACAUUUCUAAAAAUACUGAUACUCAGUGCUGUGUUAUGAAUAAUUUUUGUGCAAAGUAGAAAGAAAAGUCAACAUGCCAUCACCAUUGGUUGGAAAAAAUGGCACUUCCAGCCCAGACGGAUUGGGAAAAGACGCCUCAGGAGCUCUAGGGACGCCGUCUCCCAGCUUCUCUACUUCUCGUGGAAGGGAGGUGGACCUCAAUAACAUCGUACAGGAGCAGGGAGGCGUAGGAGAGCACCAGCACAUCACGACGAGGAGUCUCUUGCUUCAGAACGCCAAUGCCCAGACGAGCUCAGCAGUUGGAGUCGAUGUCAACGAUCCAAAUAACGACCCAGACGAGACCGAGUCUUCUACGUCUUCGAAUAAGCUAAGCAAUUCAUCCAGCAAACUACGUAACUCACUAUCAUGUCUAGGGCGUGGGUGGAAAUCGCGAAGCAAUAGUCGCAAUUCCAGUCCUGCUGCGUCCUCGAGUGGCAGCAUACAGAGUUCGCCGACUGAUAUGACUGGAGCAGGCGUCGAUAGUUUACUACUUGACGGUGGAAGCCGUGAGACCAAAGGAGGAGCCACGUCCUCCUCGUCUCCGUUGACAAGCAAUGCGUCAUCGUCACCAUUAACCACGAGUAACAAAACCAUAGCUGGAUCUGGCACAUCAUCUGGAACAUCAUCAAGACCCAACAUUUCCUCUUCGUCGCCAUUGACGACUACGCCCAGCACAAAGCUAGUCUUCGUCGAUAUGCAGAGCAGAAACGAAGUCUUAGACCCGCCUUUAGCAGGUCGUCGUGGUGCAGAUUUACCAGUAUUAGAAGAUCCUGGCGGAGCUGGAGAAGACGAAAUGCUACGAUCGAAGUCCUCGUCAACUGACUCUGCCAUACCAGAUGAACAUGAUCCUGGUGGCGGUGCUGCGGAUACGAGGACCUCCACUGAUGAACAAACUGAGAAUGGGAGAAGAACGAGUCAAGAUCCUACGAACUGUUCAACAUGGAGUACAUCUUCUACAUCGUUCUCGUGUAGUAGUACGACAGCAUCAAAAGCUGAACCGGAGACGUCGCAAAGUACUCCCGUAACUACUUUGCCUGGUCCAUCACUCUUAGUAGACCAGCAGGCUGCGCGAAUAGCGGCGCUGGAGGUGGAAAUUGAACGGUUGAGAGAAGCUGAAAGAAAGGCCAACGAACAGCUAUCGAAAUGUCCGGUUUGGGUUGAUGAUGCGUUCGAAAUGCUAAAGAUGCUGCAUUUUCGUUUUGAAUCUUUUUAUGAACAAAAUUGAAACCUUCUACCGCCUUGCUUCUAUAGCAUUUUUCAAAAAAAUGAUGGCAUCAAUGUCGACUACGUACCCUAAUUCAUCCUGUCACAACUUCUACUCCUGGACCUAUUGUACCAAGUCCAAGACGCCAAGGAUUAGAUCAUGCGAGUAAGAGAGAAAAACUUCUAAAACUAACUCAUAGGUAGGCUAUUUCUUCUCUUAAAAUCUCCUGGUUCGUAACAGAUAUCUAGUUAGUAACAGAUAUCUAGUUAGUAGGUUAUUCAGUAACAGAUAUCUCCUAGUCCUAGAGAGGUUUCAUUAUAACUAGAAAGGUUUCAUUAACUAGCAACCUUUAUUACCUUGAAGAUAAUCAUUCAGUAGAGUAAAAAUUCCUACCCUUGGACGCUUUCAUAACCCGAAUCCACCAAUGCCACGCUACAAGAAUCCUCCGCACGGACACCAUUCUUUCCCUAUGCAGAUGGAAAUAGAGUUCCAAUUCUUCGCAAAAAGAAUCAGUGCAGCCACUGGACUAUUCGCAUGCAAGACGUUGAGUGAAGGUAUAUUUUACCUUUUACAAAAAUGAUAGUACAAAAUCGAAUAGAAUCAUACAUAGAUCGAUCAUCGAUAGUAAGCUAGCAAUGAAUAACCAGCGACAGAGAACAGUAAAUGGCCCACUUCUGUAACAAGACAUCUUCAGGUGUCGACGCCACCCCCUUGAGAGAGUUGGCUACGCAGAUAGAGGCUAUUGAAGAGAAAGCACGCACGUAUGGGGGGGAGCAGACGGAGGAACAGCAAGCAAACUUCCCCUAUGCGGAGUACUUGAGGGCAGGUACUGCGUUUCUCAUGUGUAUGUUUCCACUGUUGACGUUAUUUAAUUCAUCUUCUGAUUAUUAUCAUUUAUACUUAUAGUAGGACAGUUUAUAGCACGAAUGGCGCAUGGGACGAAUGGCAUGAAUGGCACACCCCAACAGACCCCAAAUGUGUCACGAAUGGCACGAAUGGCACAGGUUGACAGGGUUCCGCCAGCUGGCGCCCCUGGUCUCAUUCGCUUGCCGAGUAUGUCGGUCGUAUGCAAGUGAUUCCGCCCAUGGGAGAAGCUAUAUCGUGACGACGAAGAAGGGAAGAGGUGGCGCCGAAGCAUGGCGCCCCGCCCGUAGCGGGGUGGGCAGCCUUGGCACCUACUGGAACUGUGUGAGGGGUGUGCGUUUGGCUGAGUGCAGGGCUUGGCGACCGAAGGGCGCCCCGCGCCCGCGGGGUUCUUGGCGGUCGGCGUAGAGCAUCGCGCAGGAAGUGGCAACCCAGUCGGGAGAGCAACGCGUCGGAACGCAGGGCGCCCGAAGGGCGCCCCGCUCUCGAGGGUCUAUUUGGUUCACGAAUGGGACGAAUGGCGAGGUCGAUCGCGGUCACGGAUUGCGCCCCCGCCAUCCGUGCCAUUCGUGCCAUUCGAUCCAUGCCAUUCCAGACCUGGAACCCUUAUAAACUGCUCUAUAAUAUAGCUUUUCUUCUUCCCUCCAUACUCCUCAUCAGUAACUGUAUGGUCUCGUCAAUCAUAUCUGAUUAUCCCCUCUGUCUACUUUCUUGUUCUUAACCAUCUCCCUUUAGAUCGCGUAGAGGAGCUCGAGCUCGCUAGUUCUCGCGCUAUCAUCCGCUGUCCUGGAUUCAAUGGGGAGCCAUGCUUGAUGCGAGCGCGCAUCCUCCCCUCUUUGCGUGGGGGCCUUCCUGCAGCUCGAUGCGCAACCUGCCAGAGCAAGUAUAGAGCUUUUUUAGGUAUCAAGCCUGCGGCUGGGAAACCCGUAAUCCAAAUAAUACCAUCAACGGGUCCGAAGGAGGACAUAUUUCAGUUGCCGUCUAGAACAGCGGACUCUUCGAGUUCUGCAAUAAUUGAAGCUACAUCUAGUCGUGCUGCCACUACAGGCCAGGGUGAAGAAGCUCUUUCAGGCGAUGAGAAACACGAGAGCGAGACAGAGGAUUUUGGAGGAACGAGCUGCGAUCAUGCUGAGCAAACACCCCCUGCUAGUUCUAGUUCUACUGCUCUAUCUUCACUAUCAGCACCGACACCAGUGGUCUUUUCUCCCGCGAAAAGGAUUAACGUCCUGCCAACGUCUUCUACUAGCACUUCCGCACCACCGUCAUCCACUUCUUUUUUGACGUCUUCUUCUAGUAGCAGUGCUGAUGGUGCAACAUCGAAAUUCGUGUUUUCCUUCACUGCAGAGGACCCGAGCCACACUGUCACCACUGACCACACUGUUGAUCCAAGAGUAGGACAUCAUGAAGGGCAAACUUCAGGGGACGAAGCAACUACUGAGUCAUCCGGACUAUCAACCGGACCAGAUGCAGAUACCAGCAACAAGUUUCCUAGUUUCAUGAUUAAGGCUGCCACAAAUCCAUCUUCACAGGCUUCCUGAGACCGUUUUGAAGGGGGAAAGGGUUCCAGGAUGCGCGUGAAGUAGAUGGAUUUCUUUUAUAGUUCUAACAUGAGUUCUUCCUCUGGUGGGUCAUUUUCUUCGGGGUCCUUGCUCCUGAAAAAUACUUUCACUGGGCUGCUCAGUGCUCCUCUCUUUACAGCCACUGGACUGGAAUUCCAACAAGAUAUUGCCGCAUCUUCGACGAGUACAGCUAGUGGCGACGAUGCAACAAGUGGGGGAGAUAGUUCUUGCACCAGUUCUUGUAGUACAGAAGAAGUACUAACGACCGCUAGCGCUACAUCAGAUUUUGCUGAGGGCACCUACUCUUCAGAACCUUGCUCCUCGAGUCAAGAGCAGGAAGAAGUGAAAUGCUUAGGGAGUGCAAAUGCAGUAGGCUUGCAGUUGAGUACUAUGAACUUCUUUCCUACUACAAAUAGUACUUCUACUACUAGUACCGAUAAAGAUAAUACUACUAGUAAUAUUAGUGCUACUAGUGGUGCUGGCAUCCAUCCUUUUAUUUCGGACAAGAUCAUAGGCUCCAUCGACGGAGGGGAGGAUGCUUCCACAACGAUCGUGUCCGUUUCCGAAGAAGAAGUUGAGGUCUGAAGCUAUGAUGCCCUGCAAAUUUUUCAUGAUGUCUACUACUUGAGAUUGUUUAGUUAUCUUUGUACAGUGGGUAUACGUAUAUGUGAUGCUGAUGCAUCUGUAUGCCAAUUCCAGUUCCUGUUCCCGACCACCGUUACAGAUUGAUUCGACGUUCUUUGACAAAUCUAAUGACACGGCAUGUCUGAAGAUUUCACAGUAGAAGAAGUGUGCGUAGCAUUUAGAUAUGUUGAAAAGCGUAAUAAUUGCAUACCCAGGCAUAUCUUCAGAAGUAGUUCUGAUUCAAUCUACAAGUUGGAAGAAAGGCGCGACAUCACACUUGGUGAGUACGUAUCUCUAAUCGUGAGGUCCUUUUUAAUGGACUCAAAUUAUUGACGUUUUGAAAGAUAGUUAGAAGACCACCUGCAGGGCAACAUCAAGAACAUCGUCAUGGUAGUGGGCCAUCAACAUCAACAUCGAUUUUAUUCGCUGUUCUUCGUUCUAGGUCACCCUAGCAAGCUUUGCAUUAAUACUAAGCACCUCGUCGAACCUCUAUGCGGUGGACCACAACACUUUUCAAUGGUAGAGAGAAACCCAUCGGCCUUUGCCUUAGACUUUUUAGACGUGGUCGUGCUUUGAACACAGCAUAAUUAUAUGAUAAGCUGUUCGAUGACUGUGAAACUUGGUUCCAAGCCCAAAAUGGGCCUGAAAAAGUCAGGAGUCGACAACCCUGACGGUCGUCCAGUGAGGCCAUACCCGACGCAUCUCCACGUGUCCGGCGCCAAGUUGCAAGCUGGGAGUUGGAUGGAAGACGUUGACCAUUAAGGCGCCACGUGGAAGGUGUUUGCGAGUGUCAUGAUCACCUUGACAAUCGAGUUGACAAGGCGCCGCUUGCUCAAACGCUCAGCGCCUUAGAUACUCGAUGACAAGAGGCGUGACAAGAGACGUGGCCGUGCUUUGAACGCUGCAUAAUGCACUAAGCUGCUCAUCUCGAGGUCGAAAGCUACGUACAACUUGGCAGAUGCGUGAGCGUGUGAUGUAGAUGCUCAUUAUGGUCAGGCUAACAGCUGGGCGACUUGUGUUUUCUCUCCCCUCUCUUCCCUUCAGUCUCCUUCGGGCCCGUGGGGCAGUGGAGAGGGAUCGCCAUUGGCCUGGCUGGGUACUUGUUGUGGGAGUUGACAUCUGUGUCGGCUGCUAUUCUGUCUGGACUGUGACCAAGAAGGGUCAUAUCAGGGGCACGCACAUGACGUGGUUACAUUUUUACCAUAAGUAGACAUAGACAUACCUACCAGUGUGAUGGAAAAGUAUGAUUAACAGAGACAAAAGAUGACAAUCACGACACGAUCAAAAAUGGC